GGACUCCAAGUUCAGACUGCGGGCUAUACCGGCCGCAGGCGGCUGACGAAACAGAGCCGCUUAGGCCCAGAGUGUCCAGAGUAGCGGCAGUGGGGAGGGCUCGGGGUGCGAGUACGCUACUGGUCCUGGCUCCACAAGGAUAAAACAUCUGUGGUGUGAGUAGAAAGAAGCCUGAAGUAUCUAUCAUAUAAAGAGACUUCUGACCUGAGACCUGCCUCAGAGGCUGGAGAGCCCUGGGAAAGGGUAGAUUCUGAAGUUGCUGGAACUGCAGUUUAUCUUGACCCUUCUGCCCAGAACAGGAAAGGUGUGAAUGACUUGACUUCUCAGCCUUCAGAGAUCAGCAAAUAGCUGUGUGACAAUGGAGCGUUUGAUCCACAUGAUGGAAAGGAGAGCUUGGUGUUCUCAAGACUAUUCCCUUUCCAAGGAAGAAGAGGAUACAACCAGAUCUCUUGUGACAGUGACAUUUAAAGAUGUGGCUGUGGACCUUACCAAGGAGGAGUGGCAGCAAAUGAAACCUGCUGAGAGGAUCUUGUACCGGGAUGUGAUGUUGGAGAACUAUAGCAACCUAGUCACAGUGGGCUGUCAAGUCACCAAACCAGCUGUGAUAUUUAAGUUGGAGCAAGAAGAAGAGCCAUGGGUGAUGGAGGAAGGAAUGUUUGGAAGGCACUGUCCAGAAGUUUGGGAAGUUGAUGAAAAGAUCAAGAAGCAACAGGAAACACUUGUGAGGAAAAUCACACUCAUCUCCAAGAAAACUCUGAUUAAGGAAAAAGUCAUUGAAUGUAAAAAAGUUGCAAAAAUAUUUCCUCUGAGCUCAGACGUUACUUCAAGACAGAGUUUCUUUGAAUCUGACUCACUUGAUAAGGGUUUGCAACAUAAUUUAGACUUAAAUAGUUAUGAGAAAGGCUGUAUAAGAGAGAAAAAUUAUAAAUGUAAUGAGUACGAGAAACCAUUUUACCAUUGCUCGUCCUACGUUGUAUCCCCAUUUAAGUGUAAUCAGUGUGGACAAGACUUCAGUCAUCAAUUUGACUUCAUGAGACAUGAGAGAAUUCAUGCUGGAGAGAAGCCCUAUGAAUGUAAGGAAUGUGGAAAAGCCUUCAGCAGGAAGGAAAAUCUUAUUACACAUCAGAAAAUUCAUACAGGGGAAAAGCCGUAUAAGUGUAAUGAAUGUGGAAAAGCUUUCAUUCAGAUGUCAAACCUUAUUAGACACCAGAGAAUUCAUACUGGCGAGAAACCUUAUGCAUGUAAGGAUUGUUGGAAAGCCUUCAGUCAGAAAUCCAAUCUCAUUGAACAUGAGAGAAUUCACACUGGAGAAAAACCCUAUGAAUGCAAGGAAUGUGGGAAAUCCUUCAGCCAGAAGCAAAAUCUUAUUGAACAUGAGAAAAUUCAUACUGGGGAGAAACCUUAUGUAUGUAAUGAGUGUGGUAGAGCUUUUUCUCGAAUGUCAUCUGUUACUCUGCAUAUGAGAAGUCACACAGGGGAGAAACCAUACAAAUGUAAUAAAUGUGGAAAAGCUUUCUCUCAAUGCUCAGUAUUUAUUAUACAUAUGAGAAGUCACACUGGUGAGAAACCCUAUGUAUGUAGUGAAUGUGGAAAAGCCUUCUCUCAAAGUUCAUCCCUUACUGUACAUAUGAGAAAUCAUACAGCUGAGAAGCCCUAUGAAUGUAAUGAAUGUGGGAAAGCCUUCAGCCGGAAAGAAAAUCUUAUUACACAUCAGAAAAUUCAUACUGGAGAGAAACCUUAUGAAUGCAAUGAGUGUGGGAAAGCCUUUAUACAGAUGUCAAACCUCAUUCGACACCAGAGAAUUCAUACUGGUGAGAAACCCUAUGUAUGCAUGGUAUGUGGGAAAGCCUUUAGUCAGAAAUCAAAUCUCACUGAACAUGAAAAAAUUCAUACUGGAGAGAAACCCUAUCAUUGUAAUCAAUGUGGGAAAUCUUUUAGUCAGAGACAAAAUCUUCUUGAGCAUGAAAAAAUUCACACUGGAGAGAAACCAUUUAAAUGUAAUGAAUGUGGUAAAGCCUUCUCUCGAAUCUCAUCCCUUACUCUUCAUGUGAGAAGUCAUACAGGGGAGAAACCUUAUGAAUGUAAUAAAUGUGGAAAAGCCUUUUCUCAAUGCUCUUUACUUAUUAUACAUAUGAGAAGUCAUACUGGUGAGAAACCCUUUGAAUGUAAUGAAUGUGGGAAAGCAUUCUCUCAAAGAGCAUCCCUUUCUAUACAUAAGAGAGGUCAUACAGGUGAGAAACGCCAAGUGUACUAAAUGAAGGAAGACUGUCUCUUAAAUUCAACAUAUGUUUUACUUAAAAUAUAUUGGUGUAAGCUCAAGAAAAUGAACGAGAACUUUAUGGAAAAAUUCUAAUGCUUCAUUGAAGGUUUUAAGACUUGAAUAAAUGAAGAAAAAUACCAUAUACAUAGUUAUAUAAGUUCAGUAUCAUAAAAGUCUAAAUUCUAAAAAUCUAUAGACUGGAGUUUAAAACAAAAUCUAACAAAAAUUUUCUAGGAUUUUUACAAAAUGCCUCUAAAAUUUAGGUUAAGUUCUAUGGAUUGCUGAGACAAUUUUGAAAAAGAGCAGAGGAGAUACCUUCACCAUACACUACACAUCUGUAGUUACAGUUUUUUAAAAAGUGUGUGGUAUAAGUGCAUCAGGAGCUCCAUAGCAGAUUUUAAAACGCAGAUUUCCUAGAAAUAGACCUAUGAAUAUGUGAACUUGAUUUGAUGUAUAUUAGACCUGACAUCACCUGACAUUAAUAUGGAAAUGACAGCCUAGUCAAUAAAAACUGUUGGAGUAUUUGAUUCUCCAUAUUAAGCAAAAUAACAUAAAAUUACAUACAACCUUACAGUAUUCUAAUGGAUUUGAAUACUGUGAUGUGAAAUUCAGAAACCAUUGAGAAAAAAUUGAGGAUGUUGUCUGUGGAGGCUAGGAACCAUUUUAUCUAAAAGACAAAAAGACCUUACAAGUCCACUUCUGUAUAUACAUCCUAUAUAAACUCAGAAAUAUUGCAGAAUAAAUACAUAUAUUUAGCCAGAUGCAGUGGUAUGUGUCUAUAGCUAUUGUCCCAGCUACCUGGGAGACUGAGGCAGGAAUCUCACUUGAGCCUGGGAUUCUGAGACCAGGAUGGACAACAUAGUGAGAUCCUGUCUCAAGAAAAAGAAAAAAAAGAGGAAAAGAAAAAAAUAUAUAUCUAAAUUGAAAAGACCUAUUCAUCAAUAUGGUAAUCAAUAAAAUGUAAUAUAUUCAAAUAGUAGAAUAGUAUACAUCACUUAAAAGCAAUGAACUAGAUCCAUAUUAUGUAAUAUGUCAUUACAUAAUAGUCAUUGAAGACAUGUUGAAUGCAAAACAUCAAGACACAAAUGAAAUAUAUGAUAUUUUAUAAUUUGGAAUGACAUCAUCUAUGAAGAACUUUUUUUUAUAACGUGUAAAACUAUUUAAAUGGACUAAAGGAUACAUACCAAAUUAUUGACAGUCUUGUUUCUGGCAGAAGGUUGAGUUUGGGGGUGUUGAUUGAAGGGGACUUUCAGCUUUACUUGUAAUUUUUAUGCCUUAAAAAAGACUGGUAGUGAUAUAGUGUAUAAAAUAAAUUGUAAAAGGUAGUGAUACAUAAUGAUAAUAUGAAUGUGUUGUUAUUAUACUGUUUUUCUAGCUAUUUCUUAGAAUUAGGAGCCUGGGGAAGCUUGUCCCCAAAGAAAAAAAAUGUUAUAAUGGAUUCCUAUCAGGGAGACUUCCAACUUGGGUCUUCCCCUUUGCCAGAAGCUCUGGUGCUUUUUUGCUCCUUCUGUAUUCUUUUCUGUCUAAUAAAAUCUUA